AUGUUAUUCUCUCUUUGACAUUCAACGAGUAAGUUAAUUUUACGGAAGUUUGUAAAAUUCUUCACACGUCUACUCGAUUUGCCUCGCCUCCCCUCUUCGCUUCUCCUUUAUCGCCAUCUUCGCAACGAACAAAGUGACAAAAACACAACAAAAAAAAAGAACAAUAACAAACGAAAGAAUUUCAUCAUCAACGCGAGAAGAGCACGACUAUCUUCUAUCUCGCUGCAGCGAAAUAGUUAAAUAAUUUGAAAAAUAUUAAGUAAUAAAAUACGAAACGGCAUUAUUUUUGAGACAAGAAUAAUCGGCAGUGUUUUGGUAGAACUUUUUGUUGUUUGCACUAAAUCGAAAUUCGUAGGAAUAUUAUUUGCUAACGUGGCCUUUAAAAUUCGGUCAACCGUGUGAGUAGAGCAUAUAAAAAUUCAGUGAAAACACCAUUUGUUUACUAUGUGUGCCAAGCUUUUCCGCCCGCCACCACCACCCCCUUUUGAAAACCAACCACCACACUCCCUCUCCUUUAUCGAUUUGCAUUUCGCACAGAGAAAUUGCUGGCCCUAAAUAACUGGCUCUGGAAUUUAAUGAAACUUUUAUAUAUUUGGCCACCUAACUCACGUGCAAACCAUACUGAAAUACAUGCACAUGAAUACCCACAAAUUGAGCAGGGUCUAAGCUUUUUGUCACUAAUCAAUCACUGGGUAUUUGCAUUUUAUAAAUAUGUUUUCUAACACCUGAAAACCAAGUACAUUUCGGCCGACAAGUCGCAGAAUCAGGGCUAAAAAGCCAUUACAUAUGUGGUUACGGUUACGGUUGUGAUUUCUCCCCAAAUAAUGCCAUCCAUUUUUACUUCCACGAACAACACAAAUUGCAACACACUUUAUCCUGCGGAUUCAACAACUAUAAUUACAUCUACAAAUUGCGUUCUUUGUGAUACGAACGAUAAUGACGAUGACGACGAUCUGUGGGAUUAACUCGGCCUGGAACUGAACGAUGGAUCUAGCAGAUCAAAUCGAUGACUAUAUCUGUUCGUUCGAGGGACUUGGUGACUUAACAAUGGACUCCCUGGCCAUCUUCAUUUUCCUGUGGGCCGUUCUGGCCCUCUUCUCCGUGUGGCUAAUCAAGCUGCUCUACCACAAGUAUCUCAACAAGGACAAGUCGGCCAGUGCGGCCAACAGUCGCCAGACGAGCGUGGCCCCCACAUCCGGAUCACCCACGUCCGUCGCCGGCAAGACGGAGAAACGUCUCUCGGAGCCGCGCGAUCUCCUGGCCACCAAGAGCAAGGUUGAAGGCUUGGACUUAUCCAAGCCUCUGGCCGGCGCAUCCGGUGGCCGAGGACGUUCAUCAGCAUCGCCAUUGAAUACCGCUGGUGCAGCUGCCGGCGGUCCACGUCGUCGGGUGGUGCGUCAGAGUUCCACUGGGCCAGAGAAUCGCAAGAAGCGCUAUGUCCCACCGCCAUCGAAUGUCGUGGGUCCAGAAACGAGCUCCGUCACCUGGACCAGCCAAGUGUUUCGCUGGCUUUAUAGCGACCUGGUCAUCGUCAACGAGCUGCUCAUGUCCUGGGUAAUCGCCAUCAACGACACGCUGCGCAAGUCUGUGGAGGAGCAUGGAGUGGCCGUUGAAGUGGUUCGAGUGCUACCCGACAGUCCUGCCCCCGGAUUGAAUAAUAUAUUUUGUAAUUGCGAUGAAAACAAUCCCGCUGAUAUGCUCAUCACCUUUGACUGCGAUGCAAUGCCGGUGUUGCAGGUGAAGACCUUCCGCCAAAAGUCGGGCAAGGUGGAGACCUCCCACUACAAGGUCACCGUGUCUAGGUUCCGCGCCCGUAUGGCCAUUCCCAUGAACUACAACAGCCUCAAGGGUGAGAUGCGAGUCGAGGGCUAUCCGGAUGUUCGCAUCGCGAUGAACAGCGUGGGUGCCAUCAAGGCAAUGGAUCAGGAUGAACAGCAAUUGCAGACGGUGAUCAGCGACAUCCUGACGACGGCUUUGCGCGACACCAUCUAUCCGGUGGACUUCUCCAUUUACUCCACCUGUCCAAGGGCCGAAGUGGAGCCCCUGGACCUGCCCCACAACAUGGAGCAGCACAUGGGUGGCGUGGGAUUGAGGGAUUCGCAACACAUGGUUUCCGGCCGUCGGCUGCUGGUGAAGAUCGUCAAGGGCGAUGGAAUAAGGGAUGCCCAGAAUCCCUACGUGGUCAUCGAGAUGGACGAGCCGGCCCAGAAGAAUCAGACGGGUACUCAGCGCGGCGGCAAACCCUUCUGGGAUGAGCACUUCCUCUUUGAACUCUCCCCUCAAUCAGCUGAGAUCCUGUUCGAGGUGUAUGACCAUCCGGUGAUUGCCUCAGAUCCGCCCAAGUUUCUGGGUCUCGGCCUGGUUGGAAUCGAUGAGCUGGCCGUUGGACCCGCAUCCACUCAACUGUUGCAGCUGCAACCACGCCCCUAUGAGACGCAGCCCGUUUCGGGAGCCAUCACCGUGGACUUUGUGUUCAUUGAGGGUGCCGAAAUCCCGGCGGGCGCACGUCCACAGCGUCUCAAGGAGGCACUGCGUCUCAGCACACCGGCCAUUAACGAACACAUCCGAAAUGGAGCAGAUCUAGCGGAUGCAGCCGUAAGAGCUCUGCAGGAUGGAGCGCUCUCGAGCAGCGGAAGUGGCGGACAACCCAGCAAGAGCACUUUGAUCAUCCACAGUGUGCAGCGGAAUUCAAGCAGCCCGAAUGCAUUUAAGGUCGAGUUGAAUAGAGAUGGCCAAAUCGAGGUGACCGAUACGGCGACGGAAUUGGAUCAGGCAGUGGCUCAGGCAUUCGAACGUGCCGCCAAUGAGGCACAAACCGAACUUGAGCUGGAGCUGGCCAAGGAGGAGAAGUCCAGCCAGCUGGGUGAGCCUCUCAUCGAUUCAGGUAAUGGCACCGUCAACGAGGAAAGCACCGCUGAGUUUGGCCAGCCCAAUGCCGCCUCAUCGCCCAAUGGCAGUAGUUACCACAACAACUAUAGCCUCAAUGGCAAUGGUAACUCGAAUGGCGCCGGUUCGGGCGGAUAUAACAGUCUGCCACGAAACGGUGGUGCCCAGCAGCUGGCUCAGCAAUCCGGAUUAUUGGAGGGCCAUGACGUGGUCGAUGAUCGCGGGCGCAGCAAAAAACGACCACGCAUGGGCAUUGGUCACUCCAUCACCGACCACUCACGUCGCUCCUCAAUUUCAGAAUCCUCGGCCAUCUCAGGCUUUUCCUCGGCUAGCAAUAAAACCUACGUGCACGAGGCCUCCACCCUGGUGCUGGAGACCAUCGAGAAUGGCAUAAAGCGCCACUUCAUUGUGCCUUUGGCCAUCGCCCAGAGACCGCGCUGGCGUCGCAAGGGCACCAAGCUGCACAUCUACAACGAUCACACCUUCAUCGCCAAGCAUUUGAGCGGAAGCGGUCUGCAGUGCUCCAUCUGUAUGAAGUCCAUCCCGCGGAGGCCCGGAAAGCAGGGCUACGAGUGUCGCGACUGCCAGCUGAUUAGUCACAAGCAGUGCCACAUACGGGCACCACAAGCAUGUCCCAAUCCCACGGUGCUCUCCAUGGAACUAACUAAACUCAAUUCAGCGGCGGCAGAUCGCAGCAUACGGAAGCUGUGAAUAUGGGGAAUACCCUGGAAUCCAAGCCAGACAGCCCCAAGCCGAGAAACCUUAAUCGAAAUAAUACCCUAGUUACAUAGAAGUGAAGGAAGGAGCUGUGCUAACCAUCUUCUUCUGCUAUGGAACAUCUCGAUACAUUUUACGUUAUUUAUUUAUACACUCACGCGAACACACACAUGUGCAAUAAGUUCUUUGGAUUCGUUUUUAACCCAUUUCUCCGUGUCAACGUGCUCGAGCCCUUUGAUAUUUUGUAUUUUCUACAAACACGAAUAAUAAUUGUACAAAAUAAAAGUGAAUUAGGGUUUUUUUUUUAAAUUAAACAACAAAUUCGGUGAAUCAAUAAAGUUGUGAUCACU